UUCGCCGCCAACGUUAAAUUCUCAUCCAGAAACUGUCAUGGUUAUAGAACAGAGGUCGAAGGUCUGAAGAUACAUUUCAUCCGAGUUGUGCAUCGUGAUAGCUACAACGACAUUUAUCCAAUAAUGCUGCUGCAUGAUUGGCAAAGCUCAUUCUGGGAGUUUUACAAGUUACUGCCGAUCCUGAGUAAUCCUAAUCGUUUUGAAACGGCAACAGAAUCCAGAAGGAAAAUUGCAUUUGACGUAAUUAUUCCCUCCAUUCCAAGUCUUAUCUUCUCCGAAAAACCUUCACGACCUGGUCUUGGAGUCAUCGAAGUUGCACGUAUCCUUAUGAAGCUUGCGGAUCGCUUACUGCUCAGUAACUAUAUUCUAUACAGCCAUGGGGAAAGCGGAUGCAUGUUGGGUAUGUUCAAAAAACCAUCUUGUCCUGCAUAUCUAUUUUAA